AAAUACUGAACAAGUGGAGGAGGUGGAAAAAAAGCAAGUGGAGGAGGUGGAGUCGUGUUCAGAGGAAGGAAAACCAAGCAGAAGAGCAGGAAAAAAGAGAAAACCCACCAGACACAACAACAUCGGGGGGAGGACGGUGGAUUAAUUGUGCCAACUGAGGCAAUUCUAAUAAAGAGAAGCGCUGCUGUGAAGAAAGGAGGACAGCAAGAUGAUAACGCCCUAUUUCCUGGAACAUUUCUGGGGCGAAAAAAAUAAUGGAUUUGAUGUACUGUACCACAACAUGAAACAUGGCCAGAUAUCCAGCAAAGAGCUGUCGGAGUUCAUCAGAGAAAGAUCCACCAUAGAGGAGGCAUAUUCAAGAUCAAUGACCAAACUGGCCAAGACUGCCAGCAACUGCUCUCAACUAGGGACGUUUGCGCCGGUGUGGGAUGUGUUUAAACAGUCCACAGAGAAACUGGCAGCGUGUCACAUGGAGCUGGUCCGCAAACUUCAAGAGCUCAUCAAGGAAGUCCAGAAAUAUGUGGAGGAUCAAGCCAAAAAUCAUAAGAAGACAAAGGAGGAGGUGUCGUCCACACUGGAGGCUGUGCAGAACAUCCAGAGUGUGUCUCAGGCCUUACAGAAGAGCAAAGAGAACUACGUCAGCAAGACACUAGAGCAAGAACGCAUGCGCAAAGAGGGGGCCACACAGAGAGACCUGGACAAGGCUGGGUUGAAGGUCAAGAAAGCCACUGAGACCUAUAAGUCAUAUGUGGAGAAAUAUGCCACUGCAAAGACAGAAUUUGAGCAAAGAAUGACAGAAACCGCACAAAAAUUCCAAGGCAUUGAAGAGGAACAUGUACUGCGUAUGCAGGAGAUUAUCCAUUCAUACUGUCAGUCUGUUGAAGAGACGCACAUACAGAUAGGAGAGGUGCAAGAAGAGUUUGUGAAAAACAUGGAGAACACUUCUGUUGAGAGCCUCGUACAGAAACUGGCAGAAAGCAAAGGGACAGGCAAAGAGAGACCAGGGCCCAUUGAAUUUGAGGAAUGUAAUGUCUCAGUCGCCACGGAAGCUGCCAAACCCAGAAAAAGGAAGACCUUUGCCAUACCAGGCAGACGGAGAGAUAAAGACACAGAUUCCACUGAAUCAGCUGAAGUAGAAGCGGUUAACGCUUCCAACGGAGCUCCGCCGGGUUUCUACGGUGCUAUAGAUCUUCAUAACGCCAAUGUGCCUCAGCUGGACGAGGAGGGCUUCUGUAUCCGACCAGAAGUCAAUGAGAAUGAUGCCAAAGAGAACUCCUUUUAUUCAUCCAGUGACUCAGAAGAUGAAGACGAGCCAAGAAAAUUCCACGUCCAGAUCAAACCCGUGCAGACCAACAACGGCACACACCAGCACAAAGCCACCAUCGACGAGCUGAAGGCCUCGAUUGGAAACAUCUCCCUCUCGCCCACCCCUGCCGUUCAUAUGAAGAGAAACCAAUCCAGAAUGACACGACAACAAACAUUCCCUGCUAUGAAACCAAAGGCUGGCGAUGAACUGGGACGGUCCAAGAUAGCGCAGACAUCCUUUAAUGAUAGAUUAUCCAAUAAUGAUCUGCUGUCUUUGGAUCCAUUCGGCCCGACCAGCGCUGGAUCCAGCUCCUCUCUACCCCUCUCAUCAGAAGUGGAUUUACAGUCGGAGCCCACCUCUCCUUCAACAGUCAGUCUUGAGGUUAUCGAGGCUCCUUCUUUCUUCCUUUCCUCCAAACUGCCUCUUCCUGCUGGUCUUGCCAAGCCUAGCUCCUCGCCAUUCCCUGUUCUCCCCUCUGCUUCCUCCAUCUCUCCUCGGGAGCUUCCUGAUAAUGCUGUUGGUGUCCUCCACCUUGGCCCACCUCGAGCUAUUAGCGUGCCCCCAGCCCUACAGUCCACUCCUAAGUACUGUGCUACCCACAAGCCCCCUCUCAGUGCUCCCGCAACUGGUCCAGACAUGUUUUCUUCCUGGGCCCAGAGCCAAUGGAUUGCCUUUAAUGAUGCUUUUGUGCCAUGUCGUGGCCCGUCCCAUCAACCGGCGAGGCCUCGUUCAGUGCCCGUGUCUCAACAGCUCAAGGUUUUCUCCAGAGAGCCUGCUGACCCAUUUGGCAGCAUUGGGAGAGAGGAGAGCGCCCCCUCUCUGAAGGAAGCACCAGCCCGACCCAUGCAGGAUGUACCACCUCCAAACAGGCCAACCACUCCCCUGGGCACAGCAACCAUUGUCCCGCCUCCAAGACCAUUAUCACGGCCCAAACUACCUGCAGGCAAGCUGACGGGCAUCAAUGAGGCUGGUCGACCGUUCAGCCCUCCUAAGAUGUCCAACUCCAGCCCUCCUCCUGCCGUUCCUCUGGCUCGUGCAGAGAGCUCCUCGUCUCUCAGCUCAAACACCUCCUUGAGCACCAGCAACACACCUACUGUCGAGGACGAUCUGUUCGUGGGGAAACUGCCCACUUUUGAGAAGAGAUGUGAGACUCCGGCAGGGACAUCUCGUGGGCCCAGUCCAGUGACACUGGCUUCCCAGGAUGCAUUGCCCAUUGCGGUGGCAUUCACAGAAUCGGUUAAUGCCUAUUUCAAAGGAGCAGAUCCCAGCAAGUGCAUUGUGAAGAUCACAGGAGAUAUGACCCUGUCCUUCCCAAGUGGCAUCAUCAAGAUUUUCACCUCUAGUCCAUCUCCUGCUGUACUCAGCUUCAAACUCUCAAACACCAGCAGAUUAGAGCAAAUCAUGCCCAACCAGCAACUACUGCACAGUGACUCCUCCCAGAGCAACACAAACACUAAAGACUUUUGGCUGAACAUGCCUGCACUGACUGCGUACCUCAGGAAGAGCUCUGAGCAGAACCCGGCUGCAUCCUAUUACAACGUGGACAUCUUAAAGUACCAGGUAUGUUCAAAUGGGAUUCAGUCAACACCUCUGAACCUCGUGGUGUACUGGAAAUGCACUGCUAGUACUACAGACCUGCGAGUGGACUAUCGAUACAACCCAGAGGCCAUGCAGCCCCCCGCAGCGCUCACCAAUGUACAGGUGUUAGUGCCCGUCAGUGGAGACGUCACAAACAUGCAGUCGAUCCCCAAUGCCAUUUGGAAUGCGGAACAGAGCAAGACAUUAUGGAAACUGAGUGACAUCUCUGACAAGUCUGAAAAUGAAGGCUCUGGUUCUUUGAGAGCAAAGUUUGAGCUGUCUGAUGGUCCAUCCAUCCCUGCCACCCUGGCAGUUCAGUUCUUCAGCGAGGGCAGCAGUCUGUCUGGUGUAGAUGUGGAACUGGUUGGCUCCGGUUACCGACUCUCCCUCAAUAAGAAGAGAUUUGCCACUGGCCGCUAUAUGGCUGACUGCUGAGAUCUGAGUAGAGGCCUGUCCGCUCUCAAACGCAGGGAACCUGGAGGUUAAUUUCUGUUCAUUCAUUAAUUCUGUUACUGGUUCUCAAUGAUAAUUAUGGAGAAUCAUUAGGCGGGGUGGAAGAAAAAAGAGAGCUGUCUCUGUGAAGGCCUCUCAUGCAUCUGUUUCCUCUCUACAUCCUGAACGAUCCAGUGAAUCACCUUCUGGAGACUUGAGAUUUUUAUACUACAGAAACGUAGCACUAAGUAUCAAACACUGUGUACAAAGAAAAAAGAAAAAGAGAAAAGAAGGAAUGUCAGGAAAAUGUCAGGUGAAUGAAAUCAUUAAUCUCUGAUAUUCCGACUUUUAUAAAGUCAGAACGUUAGUCUUUGUUAAUUUGAAAUGUAUAGUUAACCAUUUGCAUUAUGUAUUAGAGGUGUAUAGACGUAUAGCAUAUCUAAGCAACAACAAAAAAGGACAAAAAACCUGCACUAACAAUCUUUAUGGAUAUUUGUUGAGCAUUCAUUUCUCCGUUUGAAUUCACCCAAAAGUCAGUCACACUGACGAUGAAGAGAGCAAAAGGAGCGGUCUUUUUCAUUAUGAAUGUGCAAUGAAGGUAUAAGCUUUCAAAAUUACAUUUAUGGAUUGUUUUUAAAGUGUAGUGCCAUUUUCACUUUAACGUUGUCAUUGUCAGCAAAAGGAAAUUUAUACACUGACCUCAGUGCCUCUUUUAUAUUUUAAAUAAUUUUACAGGAAAAUUUGCAUGUUUAAGGUUUUUUUUUUUUUAAGUGCCAGUUCAGCUCUUUAUGCUUCCUGAUGGGAUACUAAAGGGAAAACACUGC